AUGGCUUUAAAUAUGCGGAGAUUGCUUGAACAAGAAAGACUUGUUCGUUCAAUUCCUGCUGUUCGACAGCCUUCAAUAAUUGAGAGAACAGCAGAUCGUUCUGUCUGGUUUCCGGCCGUAGUAACUUCUCUAUUUGCUGGAAGUUCAAAAAGGAGUGCAACCAUUUGUCGCCGUCAAAGUGAAAAAUUAUUGCUUUACCCAACAUUACAAUUUGCUAAAACUUCGUUAAGAACAGAGCUUAGAGUUGCUAGAACUAUUGCUGUUGUGGUCGGAUGUUUUACUUGUUGUUGGCUUCCUUUUACAAUUAUCUACGUUGUGCAGGCUUUUCAAUUCUGCCCAAUCGGAAAAUGUAUCCCCGAAUGGUUAUUUACUUUGGCAUUUUGGCUUGGUUAUUCUAAUUCGGCUCUAAAUCCAAUACUUUAUGCGGCUUUUAGUAGAGACUUUCGAAAUGCUUUUUGCCGACUUUUAACGCGUGACAGAAAUUCUAGUUUUAAAAGUAGUGGAUAA